UUUAAAUUAUGACUUCAGUUUGGUGAUGUACAAAUUCUGUUUCUUCUUUGAGUGUGGCGAACGUGUUGAAUCUAAUAGCCAGGUGCAUCACACGUGUUGCUAUCUUCCAUCUCACGAAACUGCGAUUCAGCGUGUGUGCGGUUAGUGUAUUUGCACUUUACAAUAUUUGCAUUAUAUAAGUGUAUAGGUAAGACAGGUUGACGUUCUGCAGUAAGAGCUGUUCACUGACGAAGAUGAAGCUGUCGUUGAUGUUUGUGGUACUUCUCGGUAUUUGCUUCGUGUGCUCGGAAGCUUACAGAGGCUGGAGGAGGCGCCCGAGUUGGGGUCAUCACGGUAGACGCAAUAGACAGUGCCAGAAAAGAAUUCAGAGGUUGAAGGAGAAAUUGGAUUGUUUGAAAGCCCGGCUCAGUGACUGCCAAUCACGAACAACGAUUACUACAACUACAAAAACACCAACAACAACCACUACAACUACAACAGCAGCGACAAAUUGCCCGCUUAGUCGAGACAUUGAGUGCCUAUCAAUCGUCGAAUGUAAGGAGUAUGUUAUAAGCAGAGUUCUACUUACAUUCAGUUGUGAAUACGGAAAGAUUUGUUGUAAAAAACAUUAAAGCAACCAGUCUUCGUACAAAUAAAGAUAUCUGUGCAAUGA